GUUUGACUCCAUCUGUCAAGCUAGCGCAGAAGGUCAGACGCAUGGUUUUGAACGUAGGAGCUCGUCUGUGAAAGCUAAGGACGAAAUAUGUGGUAGGGAAAUAGCGACUUAGCACCGUUUGCAAGUACAGGAUAAACAAGAGCUAAGGCUAACACGUAAAACAACUGUAGUCUAACAAUGUUACGUGCGGAUAACUAACAACCUGCAGUCACACAGAGAUAGCCUAGCUUGUUUUACCGCUUCUUCGCCGGUGUCUUCUAUUGGAGCCUCACAUCUUCACCGAGCUGCCACCAUGUUGAGGAGCCUGGUCAGACUCCAGAGCCAAGUUAGAAAGCCUCUCGGCAAAGUGUGCCUUGGAAGUCAGCCCCCUCUGUACUCCACAGCAGCAUCAGAGAGAAGGAAAUUCUACCAAGAUGUCAGCAUAUCCCAAGGUGAAGGUGGUGUAUUUGAGAUCAACCUGGACAGAAGGAAACUGAAAACUCCCGGAGGAAAGUUGUUCACAGUGCCCAAUGAAGCCCUGGCCAUCGCCGUGGCGACCGAGUGGGAUGCGCAAAGGGACACGCUCAAGUUCUACUCUAUGCACCUGACUACGCUGUGCAACACAGCUCUGGACAAUCCCACAGAGCGAAAUAAGGACCAGAUGAUCAGUGCUGCUCUGAAGUUUCUGGAGACUGACACUGUCUGUUACAGAGUAGAUGAGCCUCAUGCUUUGGUUGAGCUACAGAGGAAUGAGUGGGACCCGGUGCUGCAUUGGAUUGAAAACAGAUACAACGUCACUAUCGGCUCCUCGUCCAAUAUUUUGGGUCCUGAGAUCCCAGAGCAGACCAAAGACACGUUCCGGCAACACUUGAAAUCGUACAACUUUUGGUCUCUGACAGGUCUUGAGUUUGUGAUCACACAGCUGAAGUCUGUUGUGCUGUCGUUGGCAAUGAUUGACACACAUCUGAGUGUGGAGCAGGCGGUGCUGCUCUCCAGACUGGAGGAGGAAUACCAGAUUCAGAGUUGGGGAAACGUAGAGUGGGCGCAUGACUAUGACACGUAUGAGCUGAGGGCCCGGACCGCUGCAGGAGUUCUUUUUGUUCACCUCUCAUCUGAGAGUUCAACUGUCAAGAGAAAACUCAUGCAGGAUUGAGAAGGAGGAGCUCAAAUACAAAAACUCAAUGGGCACACAGCAAAUCUGCCCUCAAUCCGAGAUCCCCCAAAGUUCAAAGGUUUAUCCGUGAUUUGUGAUUCUACAUCCAUGCAGACAGACACCAUGCAUCCUCUUUGUUCUGUUUAGCAGUGACAGCUGUUCUGUCUGUGAUCUGUAACAGAGUCAUCUCACUCCAGCACAUCAUACAGGCUGUCUUUUUUGCCAUGUUUAUUUGUGGCGGCUGCCAAGAGUGACACCCUCUCAGAGUUUCCAGGCGGUUCUCAGUCAUCCGUGACAUUUUGGCCACUGGUAACUACUGCUGUUGUCUGUUUGGUGGUGGAAUGUUAAUUCCACUGCUGCUUUAUUUUCUCUUUGCUACAUUUGAAUGCUGGAAGGUUCAUAAGAGGAUGUCGAGUCGAACUGUGCUGUGUGUAGAUGAAGUGAAAUCCUUUUGCAAUAGGUUAAACAUACUGCAUUCAAACUACUAUUUGUAAAGACAUGAACUCAAGUAGGAGAUUGUUCGGGUCAGACGCAUUCACAAAAGGAACAAAAUAGAGAUGUACUUACAUGCAGGAGGAUAUUACGUAUACAUUUCACUCCAGGAUUCACGUUUUGGUUCAUAGCACAUCAACACUGGCAUCGGGAAAAGCCUUUGAAUCUUGUCUUUCCAAGUUGACAUCAUAAUUGGUGUCCUUUUCACAAGGGUCCAGGCAGGAGUAGUUCUGGAGCAAUGUCUGGACAUUUGUGUUCUCACAUGCAGACCCUCAUGAAAAUUUGGGGGAAAUAUUCAGACUUCAGUGCUUAUCUGAAAGAAACAUACGUAAUAUUGGCAUCGUUUAUUUGUAUGUAUUCAGGCCUUUUCAGUGCAGUAACAUGUUGAGAGCUGUAUAGGAAAAUCCUGGUCACUGCUGUCAUCUGCACAGAACUGGAACAAAUUGGACUCCAUCCUCAUCCUGUAGUAACGUUUAAGUGCAAAGCUCUGUUUCUUUUACAGGUCAAAUAAAUCAAAGUGUAUGAAAGAA